AUAAUUUAUUAAUUUUUUAAAAUUAACUUUAAUAAUAUUAUGUUUUGCUAAAAUUAGUGACGGUGAUUAUUACCCUUUGGUGAAAAAGAAAGUUUUUUACUUAGGUGACUUCUGUAAUCAUGCAUAUCAGAAAGUUAUUAUGGUGAGGAGAAAAAGAUUUGGUCUGUAUGAAAUAGAAGAAAUCUGGAAGAUGUCAAAAAAUUAUUCGAAUACUCAAAUUACAGAAGAAGAAGAGUCUAAAUUACUUGAAAAAAAAUUAAAGUCAUUAAAAGUAGAAGAUGAAGAUGAUGAUGCAUUCUUACCUUCUACUCAUACGGUGAAAGAUGUAUCCAACAGUCAUAUUACAGGAGCAUUUAUUGAUACAAAAGAUAAGUCUGAUCAUAGCAGGCAUGUAAGAAUUGAUGUAAAAGAUGAUGGUAUUAAGAAGACUAAAAGAAAAUCUACCAAAGGUGAUAAAGAAUCUAGUUCUAUUGUUAAAGGGCUUAUGAAGUGCAAAGAGGAAAGCAGUAAAAUGCUAAAUUUAUCUAAGUUAGGGAUUGUCAAUAUGCCAAAAGAAAUAAAAGAGUUAACUGGUUUGACUCAGUUGUUUCUAUAUGGGAAUAAAAUAAGUAAACUACCACCAGAGAUCGGUCUUCUUAUGAAUUUGGAAACAUUGCUCCUUAAUGAGAACAGCAUUUCAUCUUUACCAGCUGAAAUUGUAAAUUGUAAAAAACUUCAAAUGUUGGAUUUACGUCAUAACAAAAUUAAAGAGAUUCCCCCUGUUUUAUACAGCUUAGUUUCUUUAAAACAGUUACUUCUUCGAUUUAACAGGCUUACGACAGUUGAACCCGAAAUUGGAAACCUAACUCAUUUGACAAUGUUAAGUUUGCGUGAAAAUCGCCUUAAGCAUAUACCAGAUACCAUUGGCAAUUUAAAAAGCUUAGUAACAUUGGAUUUGGCAAAAAAUCACUUAGAGUCUUUACCACCAGAAAUUGGUAAAUGCAUAGAAAUGAACACUUUGGAUCUCGCUCACAAUGAGUUGCGAGAUCUUCCCGAUUCUAUAGGAAAACUAACUGCAUUAUCAAGGCUUGGUUUAAGAUAUAAUCAGUUGACUUCAUUACCCAGCAGUAUUUGUCAAUGUACUUUACUUCAAGAAAUUAAUAUCGAAUCUAAUGGCAUCUCAAGUUUACCGAGUGGAUUGCUUUUGUCAUCAAAGUUAUGUGAUUCAAUUACAUUAUCAAGAAAUGAAUUUGAGAAUUUUCCAAGUGAUGGGCCAAAACAGUUUGCUUCUGUUACCUCACUGGUGUUUGAUCACAAUAAAAUUAAAAAAAUUCCAUUUGGCAUCUUUUCAAAAGCUCAGUUCUUAACAAAGUUGAAUUUGAAAGAUAAUUUAAUUGCUGAACUUCCGCUUGAUUUUGGUACAUGGGCUAACUUGGAUGAAUUAAAUUUAGGAACAAAUCAGUUAACAGUUCUACCAGAUGAUAUAAAGUGGUUGGUAAACUUAGAAGUUCUUAUUUUGAGUAACAAUCAACUUAAGAGGAUUCCUCGAUCUAUUGGGAAUCUUCGCAAGCUAAGGGUAUUAGAUCUUGAUGAAAAUAAUUUGGAAUGUCUUCCAAAUGAAAUUGAGUAUUUAAAAUCCCUUGAGAAGCUGUUGCUGCAAUCUAACAAACUUGCUACCUUACCAGCUACUAUUGGACAUUUAAAAAAACUUUCAUACUUAAGUGUUGGUGAGAAUGAUCUGACAGUACUUCCACCAGAAAUAGGAGCUCUGGAAUCACUAGAGCAACUUUUUCUCAACGAUAAUAAAAACUUGCACGCACUUCCUCAUACACUUGUACUUUGUCAAAAUUUGACUAUUAUGAAUAUUGAUGCUUGUCCAUUAUCAUCACUUCCUCAAGAAAUUGUUGCUAACGGACCUUCGGUUGUGAUUCAAUAUUUGCGCUUUGAAGGACCUUACAAUGGAAACAACACCUUACCUACAUGAUUUUAACUUUUUCAUAUACGGGUGUAAAGUUCACUUCAUUGUGUGCAAGAGAGUAUUAUCCUGUGCCUACUUGUCGACGUGAUAGUUAACAUUGCUGUUUUAUUAUAAAAAAAUGAAGAAUUUUUUCAAAUAUUCAUUUUAACUAUAUUUCGUUUUUACGUCGCUCAUACUCUUUUUUUUAAUUAUUUAAUUUUGGCAUAAAAACGAUUUCAUGUGAUCUUUGUAAUAUGUAAAUUAUGAUUGGAUGCUAUAAUUUUGAUUGUGCGCGAAACAUAAUUUAAUUAUGCUAAGUGCAAAAUUUAGCUAUGCUUGGUGUAUAAUUAAAUUAUAAUUAGUACAUAAUUAAAUUAUGAUUGAAUGCUAUUUGCAUAAUUAUAGGUCAUAUUUUGUAUGUUGUAUAAUAAAAUUUUUAUAGUCAAUUUUUGUACUUGCAAUUUUUAAGUCAGUUUUCGAGCAAUUUUUUAAAACGAUUUAUAUAAUGUUAGCCACUAAAUUGCAUGUUCAUGGUUUGUUGGACCUUUAGUGUAUGGCUUAUUUAAAACAUGUUUAAAAUGGUCUAAUUGUUAAAAUGGUUAUAAAAUGUAAAAAUUAUUUAGUCCUAUAUUUAUUUUUACAAAACUGUAAAGAGAACUUAUCUUUUAGGAUGA